AGCCUUUGUAGGGGCUCAACACUUUGUGCUACUUUGCGCCUGCCAUCUCUAUACACACAGGUAUAGAUGGCCUUUGGGCGGUGUUGGUCGGCGGUCCAGGGCGACAAUGUAAUGCAGAUAGGCCAGAAGCGGUUGUUCGGGUGUUGUGUGCGAUAUCAUAGCAGGCAGUGCGACGUUGGCGACGUUGGUUUAGAACUCAGAGAAGGAUAAAGUUCGCGAAGGCUUAGACAGAGAAUGGCACUCCAGCAGCCUAGCAGUGUACCAAGUGAAAAAUUUGCAAUUCAUAACGUGAUGUCACAACCGUCGGGAAUUACAAAUCGCGCCGGCGACGUCAUGUGAGAUUUUCUGGGUCAUCAUUGAAAUGUUGCAAAUUUGGACAUUCGUUGAAAACUGUCGAAAUAGUUUCGCAUGGAAUUCGAUUAGCUACCAAUGCAGUGCCAGCGAAAACAAAAUCUUCUCAUAUGUGGCGUUGAAGAGGAGCUACUAACAGUGUUGAGUGGUUAACUGGUGGAAAACAGGAUUAUCACACCUCCGCGGUUCCGUUUUUGAGCACCCUUCAUGCAGAGCUAUAUUGCAAAGUGUUAAUAAUCAGUGCGACGAGUGUGCGCCCGCCGUUGUUGUGCUCGUCGGGAAAACUGGUCGAAUGUAACAAACCGGCAAUAAUGGAAGACGAUGUAAUAUGUUUGGACUCGGACGAUGAAGGCGGUGAAACUGGUCGCAAACUGGGCAAACCAAGUGGCGAUAGCAUCGACGAGCAGCUUUUGAGACCACUUCAGUCUCUUUCCUUGGAGCUUUACUUUGGUGGCGUCGGUGGUGGAACGACGCCGGUGGCUCCGUAUGAUGAACAGUGGCGUCGCUCGACGGCGGUGGUCAAACGUGUGGCGGAACUGGUGCAACGAUUUGGGCGCCAAAAGUUUAGCAACGAUGCUCAGGACGUCGCCCGGCAACGGGACGCUUGGAAGCAAGUACUGAAAUUUUUAUUUCUGCUCCGGGCGAUUGGACCGGAAUCGAUGGCGAACGACAACCAACAGCAGCGGCAGCAUUCGGCGGAAGCAGGUUCGGUGUUUGGACCGAGCGCAAUGAGCGGUUCGCAUCAGAAAGAGCUUCCACCCGAGACCCGGAGAUAUCGGCUGACAGUGAUGGAUGUCCUGGUUGAUUACAUCCGGUACAAAUGCUCGGCCCUGGCCGGGGAGCGGAAUCCAGCGGUGCUGUUGGCCCAGUGCAAUCAGAUUGUGAGCAGUUUGUACAUCAUUUUCGACGGCGACAGUGAGUUCGUCACACUAACGCUGCUGAAGAUGGAUUUGCUGGCCGGCAGUGGUGCCGUGGCGCUAAUGUAUCCGGUGUUCGAGCAGAUCUUGGCCAGCCAGGCGAGGUGCACCGGGGCAGCCGCCUCGCUCGACAUCAUGGAUUAUGUGCGGUUGCUGCUCUGCUAUAAGAAAUGGAAAGCAAUGGUACCGGCCCGACGGGAUAAGGAUGCUAUCAGUGCACUGGCGCUGAAGGUGCUCCCCCCACGCUGCCCUCAGGCCAAGACCAAGCAGGACCUGGCGUUCGUUCAGAUGCUGCCAAGGGUGAGCGCCUCCGCCAAGGAACAGGAAGAUGAAACCAGGUUCCUCCUGGCGAAGGAUUUGAUGGAAAUCGAACAACUUUGUGCAAUUUAUUUCCGUGAAUAUGAAAAGCGAUUUUUCCAGCGAAACGUACCGAAAGCGUCGCCCCUCGAAUCCAAAAGCAAUUUCAUCAACAUCGAUGCACUGGCCGAGUUUAUUCAGCGAAAAUGUAAUCUGUUGAAGCUGCGACGUUUACCUCCGACCUCCGACAAUGAAGCGGCAGUGAAGCCCGCCCCCAGUCCUGGCGGCAAAGGACAACGGCAGCAGCUGCAGCACGAAACUAAUGCCAUCAUCAGCAGCCUGCGAUUGAUAUUUCGUCGCGAUGAGGAAUUCAUAGCACUGACCUUGCUCAGAGUGGAAACGUGCCCCGACUGUCAAGCCAUCCUCGGACCGGUGUACGAGCGAUUCCUGGCCUGUCCGCAGCAGUCGUCAUCGUCCAACAAUGUCGAAUCGUACGGACGGCUAUUGCUGUGCUACGUCAAGUGGAAACGCUUAUACCGGGCCGAGGAUCCCGGAGGCUAUUGGGCACGGAUUGAUGCCAUCGCUCUGGCUAAGCUGCCGUACGACUUUCCACGAGCGAUUAAGCGAAGAGAGUUGGAAAUCAAGGCGCUUUUUCCACGUGUUGCAACCGCCUCCGGGCGCCGUAGAGGCCGAUCGUCGAAAGUUAGUGUUACCAGGGCAUUGCUGAACUCGAAGCACGUGCUGGAUAACGUUCAGGAAAUGUGCUUGCAAUUCUUGGCCAUUUGCCGCGACGGGCGAACCAAUCGGGAGAAAGCACAACCGAUUCCAUCAACGCUCAUCAUCGAAGACGACGUCGAUUCAAAUGAUGAUGACGUGAAAUUAAUUAAACCGGAGCCAAGCUCAGUCCUCGUUUUGGAUAGUGAGGACGAAGAAUUGAAUCGAAUAAUUGGUUAUACUGAUACGGAAAUGAAAUGUUCAACGCUACCAUACCCCGGAAACAACGCAUCAUUUUUGCCAGACAUAAGCACUGCUAGUGAUCCCCAUGAAAAUUUACUAAUGGAUACCAUAUUCAACACUCCACCACCCACACCAAAAGCAGACGAGGACCAUCAACUGUCAGCGAUGCAACUGCCGCCGCCAACCACCCAAGCAGUGCCAAGUGAAGCUGCUCCUUCCGUAAUUGUAGCACCUAAGCUGCACAAACAGAAAAGUAUACUCCCAAGGGGUGUUAAUUUCAAAAUAUCAAAAAAUGUACGACUUCACAGCUGUCGUGAGAGGCGACAGUUUCUGACAGCGUUUCGCAGGUUGAGCUCAGAACAAUGCUUCCACAUCAACGUAUCAUCCGGCCAAGCGGACUAUUGUCUGCGGAAAACGGUAGCAAACUCAACGGUAUUUGUCGAGAUUAUCAGUUUUGCUGACUCCAGUCCAUUAGCCAUGCCAAUUCUGCUGCCACCGGUAGCACGAAUCCGGUCUGAGCUCGAUGAAACCGCAACUAUUCCAACGGUUGAAUUGUCACCUUCAUGUGGACUGGUUGAACCCCUUUUGCAGAAGAAUGCUUUAGCGCAAUCUACGAGAAUGGAGCGCACGCUCGACGAUCAGCUAAUGAAAUUAUUAAUGACAAUUGACGAUUUCCCUCAGUUGUCGCCGGCGUCCGUAGACUUUGCCGUGUUCCCCGAGGUAUUGGAUCCAACAUCAAUCGAUUUCCUUAUCAACACCCAAACGCCCCCCUCGUCGGUCGUCACCGGAUGUUGUCUGUGGCCGAACGACGAUUUCUCUGUUUUUGCCAAUCUUGAUCUGAACUCAUGGUUAGAGCACGAGAACGCUACAAGUCCCACACUCUCGCCAUUGUGUGCAUCACGUGGCUGAGCGACGAGCUUUACCACGAGCACGCGGACGUGGGUGCCGAAUAUUUGUAUGUGACUUCAGAUUUGGAAGUUCGGCUCCUCUAAUACGUGAUACUAUGAUAUCGUUUUCCUUGGAAUACGUUUUUGGGAAGCUCUGGUGGUGAUAUGAUUGGAAGCAUUUUUUUGGUAACUUGAUGAAUGAUUUAUGGAUGUUCUG